AUGGCAUUGAGAUACUAUGCAACUGGAAGUUUUCAAUCUGUAAGUGGUGAUGGUUAUAGUGUAAGCAGUAUGUCAGUAUCGCGUUGUGUACGCGAUGUUUCAUAUUUUAUAACGCGGCGUCUACAAAAUAGAAUCAAAUUUCCGCUACUUGGUGAACAGCAACGACUGGUAAAGCAAAGAUUUUACGAGAUUGCACAGUUUCCGCAUGUUCUUGGUACAGUGGAUGGGACAUUAGUUCCAAUAAGAGCUCCCCAUGAUGAUGAACAUAUUUACGUUACGCGUAAGGGAUUUCAUGCGCUGAAUAUUCAGGGCAUAUCUGACUCAAACAAUAUGCUUUUAAAUCUAGUGGUUCGUUGGCCUGGUUCAACCCAUGAUGCAUUUAUUCUCGCUGACAGUGAUAUUUCAGAGGAGUUUGAAUCUGGGCGUAUUCAACAUGGAUGGCUUCUAGGUGACAGCGCACAUCCCUUGAAAACAUGGCUGCUGACACCAAUUUCUGCACCAAGUGAUGCAGCUGAACGGCGUUACAAUUUUGCUCAUAAGAGGACAAGAUGCACGGUUGAAAGAACAUUUGGUAUCUGGAAAAUGAGAUUCCGAUGUUUACAUAAAUCAGGAGGAUAUCUCAGUUUUUCACCAGCAAGAUGUGUAAACGUAAUAAUGGCAACCGGAAUAUUGCACAAUCUUUGUACAAGAAAACGCAUACCUCUGCCUGACGAUACAGACGUUGACGAUAGCAACCAGCAAGCUGAGACUGAAAAUGAACAAGAACAGGAAGUGUUUCAGGACGGACGGCCGGCACGGGCAGAUUUGAUCAACAGAGUAUUUAGAUAA